AAUGCGUAAAAAGAAUCCAAAACCGGUCGAGAUAAAUGCAAGCUUUAAUGAAGGAACUUCAAACUCAUCUGACUUACAAACACCUACAGAGACUAAAUUACCGCUUAAAGAGGAUAAAAGAAAGCGUAAAACAUGGGUUUGGGUGCCUGUUGUUGAAGAGGACAAGAAAGAGCCUGAAAAUGUUGAAACAAAUAGCAGGGGGAGAGCAGUGAGAAAUUCCAAGAAGAAGGCUGCUGAAAAUAUUUCUGCAUCACUAACGCGUAAGGCAACAAUUGCUUCUACAAAAGAAGCCAAAAAUGUUCGUAGACGUGAAGCAAGCCUUAUAAAUAUAACAACUUCGGCAAAUGAUGAACAAGAAAGUACCUUAGCGGUGAAUUCUCCAGUACCCACAGUUGGGGAGCUGAUUGAAGAAGCUAAGAAUGACGAUAAGGAUGCUCCUAGACUCGAAGAAAGCUCCACAAACAUAUCCUCUUCUGCAGUUGAUGAACCAGAAAAUCAUUGCACGGUUAAUACCAUGGAAAUGACAGUGGAGGAACAGAUUGAAGAACCUAUGGAUGUUAUUCAACGUGAGACAAGCCUUUUAAACUUAUCCUCUUCUGAAGCUGGCGGACUAAAAAAUCAGUGUGUGGUGGAUAAUGUUCCGCUAACUAUAAUGGAGAAACCAAUUGAGGAAAGUCAAUGCGCGGAUAAUGUUCUUGAAACUACAACGGAGGACUUAAUUGAAGAAUCUAUGAAGGAAGAAGACUUAAUUGGUGAAUCUAAGAAGGAAGAAAUUUGCGUAAAUGUUCAUACAGAUGAAGUAAGCCUUACAAACAUAUUAUCUUCUGCAACUAAUGAUGAACCACAAAGUCAAGACGUUGCUGAUGUUUCAGCAAAAAUAUCUGAUGAAUUGAAAGAAGAAAAAAUAGCGGAUGAAUCGAAAGAAGAUGUUGAAGUUGAUGUGUUAGCUCUUGACGAGGAUCAGGUCCCGCGAAAUGAAUGGCCUGCUUUUCCUGAAUACAAGAAAAUUGAAGAGAAUUUAAUGCUUUGUCCGGAUGCUGAAAGUAGGGAAUGUAAGUCACUCCAAUGUGAAUGUAACCCUUCUAGCAAAGAAAAGAAGAGAGGAAUGGCUUGCGGUGAAGAAUGCUUGAAUCGACUUUUGUUAAUGGAAUGUGGAGAUGAAUGCCGUUCUGGCAAAUAUUGUACAAAUAAACGCUUCCAAAAUAGGGAAUAUGCAGGAUUGGAAGUUUUCUUUACUGGCCCAAAAGGGUGGGGAUUGCGAACAAAAACUGAUAUUCCACCCGGUCGAUUCAUAAUUGAAUAUAUGGGUGAAAUUGUUGACACCAAAGAAGUUCUUAGACGAAUUCGGCGCUAUGGUAAAGAUCCAAACCAUAAACAUCAUUAUUUGAUGGCAUUGCGAAAUGGAACACUUAUUGAUGCGACAGUUUGUGGAAAUGAUGCUAGAUUUAUUAAUCAUAGUUGUGAACCAAAUGCAGCAACUCAAAAAUGGACAGUUGGCCGGCAGCUUCGUAUAGGCUUUUUUGCUAUUCGAACAAUACGGGCUGGUGAAGAAGUUACAUUUAACUAUCAAUUUGAACGUUAUGGUAAAAAAGCCCAAAAAUGUUUUUGUGAGUCUUCAAAAUGUACUGGAUUUAUUGGUGGCACAAAAGAAGAUAGUGGCGUUGACAGCAAUGAAGAAAAUGAAAAUGGUGAGGAGUCUGAUACUUCUCUUGACUCUAUUUCUUCUACUGACGAGGAAGAAAAAAUAAUUGAAGGUGUUGGUAUUAGUGAGGUAAAAAUAUCAUCAAGUGAUUCAAAAAUUGAUUUUGCAAUUUCUACGACUGGGUUGUCUAAAAAGCGUGGUAGACCUCGAAAGUACCCUUCUGCUUUUUCAUCAUUUUUGGAUAUUAAUCGUUCAACUAUUGCUCGUCUAAAGGGACAUGGAAAACAUCAUCAUAAACAUCAUCAAAGAUCUUUUGUUUCUGGCGAUACAACAAUUCGAGAACAGUCUGAAGUUAAUGAAAUAAUGCUUCGAGGUCCAUUGAGGAAUCGUGAUCAAGUGCUUGAAUUUAAUAGAUUAAUGGUUCGUGUUGACCAAAUGGAAUCUAGACGUCGAAUGGUCGAUUUUCUUUUGCGAAUUGAUGAUCCAAACAUUUUGCGUUUAUUUGUUGCGAAUCAAGGAUUUGCACUUAUUCGGAUUUGGUUUGUUCUACCGUCAUUUGAACGUCGUGCUUUGCAACUUCAAUCUCAAAUUGCGCGCCUUCUUAUGCGCCUUCCAGUUACAAACAAAAAUCAAGUCGAUGAAGUUUGUAUAAUGAGCACAUUGAAACAAAUGCUAAUUUUUGAAUUGCCUGACAGACUUAUUAUAAAAGAAAAACUUGCAAGUAUUGUUGAUGAAGUUGUUGCUGAUGUUGAUGGAAUUAAUAAUCAAGUGUCAGCAUCUUCUAGCAAAUUAGGACAGGCUCAAACGCUUGCACGUGAAGUUGAAUCACUUAAAGGAUUGGCUGCACAAUUAGCUGAUAAGUGGGGAAAACUUGUUGAUUGGGGUUUCAAAAUCCCCAAAAAGUUGGUCGAGAGCAUUAAAGAAUCUUCUUCGAGAGAGGAGAGCAAAUCUCGCCCUAAACAUGAAAGACAUCGACAAAGAUCAGACAGUGUAAGAUCAUCUGACUCUGGACACAAAUCCGUUAAUAAUCGAAGUUUUGAUCGUUUUCCACCAUCAAACAAAAUGGAAAUUGGUCCCGUUUUAAAACCACCACUUCAUCAACAGCCACCAAACUGUCGUUAUCAACGAUUCCAAAAUCAUUAUCGUAAAUUUAUCAACUGCCCUCAAAAUAACAACAAUUUCGUUCCUCCGCAAAAGAAUUUUAAUCAAUGUAACAGACAAAAUGAUCAUGGAGGUGAAGAUUAUUUAGAAGAUGAAGAAAAACGGCAAUUUGAAGAAUGGAAAAAAUUUCAUCGAUUUCAAACAUUUGGACCUGGACCGGUUCAUCAAUUAAUAUUUUUGAAAUUUAUAUUAUUUCAGGAUAUAUUUUCAAAUCCUUAUUUUGCUAUGAGCGUUGGCGGGAUGCCACCUCAAUUUAUUCCACCUAGUCAUCUUCCACAUCCUGCGCAGGUCGCUGCUGCAUUGUUCGCAAUUUCUGGUCCACCUCCACCACCGGCUCAGUUUCCGUUGCCGCUCCCACCACCUCCCCCACAGCAACAACAAACUGCUAUAUUGCCACCUCCUCCACCUCCAGCACGUCCAACACCUGCGAGCACUCAAAAUUUGUUACCUCAAACAUCAUCACAGACAACGUUGCCACCUCCACCCCCACCUUCUCAAUCUGCAAAUACAUCUACUACACAGAUGCCUAGUGGCGGUGACCAAUUAUUGACUCGAAGUACGACAUCCCCAUGUCCGUCAUUUACAACCGAUCAACAAAAGGAUGAAGAUAAUAACAGCAAAACAACAUUAAUUUCUGCUAUACCAACACCGUCAAAGUCUGGAUUCCUUCCACCGAUUACAAGUAAUGCCUCCCCCAUUGCAGCACCAUUUAUACCUGAUAAUAAAUCAAAAGAAAUACAACCAAUCAAUAAACUUAUAAACAUUGGGCCAAUAAAGAAGAAAGGGAAAAAUAAAACAAAAGACGCUAUUGUAAAAGUGGACAAUAAGAUGGAAAAUACGCGCAUUCCCGAUUUGAUAAUGGCCGUGUGUUCACCUGAAUAUAAUAAAGAUGAUGUUGAUACCGAUAAAGCGCAAGAUUUUAAUAUAAAAGAAGAAUUGUUGGAUGAAAAAGUUAACAUUUCGACAGUUGAAAAGGAAGAGGUAGAGAAACAAACAAUAGAACCAGCAAAGAGGGCGAGUGAACGAUACAAAAAAUCUUCAAAAGAAGUGCAAGCGGAAAUGCUUCAACGGCGUUUGAAAUCGUUGCGAGCGGCAUUGGGUCAAAAGGCUUCUCAAAGUCAUUGGCCGGAUGGCGAAGGGGAUAAAAAUUCAUCGCGAACCGGUAAUGAAAUGAAACAAAGUGAUUCGAAACAUUCUGAAGCUGCUAAAACGUCAUCUUCGAAGAGAACUUUUAGCACGACUUCAUCAAGGCAAGACUAAUUCCAAAAGCCGUAGUCCCUCACGUGAAGGACGUCGUUCGCAUUAUCAAA